AUGUUCUGCCGCCCACCCCCGAGUCAGCCAAUAGGAGGAGUGCGUGUACUCCCAAGUCAUCUUCCGCCCUUCAAAACCCAACCUUGGAGGCGUUUCUCCACGCACUUACUUCCCUCUUCCACGCAUUUACACACGCACUUACUUCUCUUUUCCACGCAUUUACCCACAAUGGAGCAGCCUCGGCCCCACCUUCCUGCGCUUAACUUCGAGCUCGUCAACGAGCGAGUUGGAGACUACUUCCGCAAUGAGCGUGAAGAUGUUGCCAACUGGCAGUCCAAGUCUGAGAUCCCUUCUCAAGAGGAGAUUCUCGGGACUGACAAGCCUGACUCUCUUGUUCCCAACAUCCCCGACGCGUCUUGGCCCUCGAGCGAAGAAUACCUUCAGGCCCACUACAGCCUCCUUAGAGAGGAUGCAGUCACUCCACUUCGUGAUGCUGUUGCGAUGGUGCAGGACAAUCCGCUGCAGGCUGAUGAGGGAGGUGUCGCCGUGUACGAGAAUGUCUAUCUCACCGGUCUCAAUGUAACGGACCAAGGCCUCGCAAUUCGCGUCUGUUUCUCAGCUCGCCGUGCUGGCAAAAAUAUCUUCUGGGCAACAUCGGAUCGCCUCCGACCGGGAACCCUGGUUGCUCUCAGCCCCGUGGCAGAUGACUUCAUGACCAAAUGUGUCGUGGGAGUAGUCGCAUGUAAGCUGCUGAAGAAGAUCGAAAAGGACCCAAAAGAAGUGGUUAUCUUGCUGGCUUCGUUCGACGAUGUCGAUCUCGACACUCAGAAGGAAUGGACGAUGGUUGAGGCGCGAACGGGCUACUUCGAGGCAACCCGCAACACAAUGACGGCGUUGCAAAAGCUGUCCACCGAAAAGUUUCCCUUGAAGGAGAUAAUUUGUGGUGUGGAGCGCAAUAUCGGGGCCCCAGAAUACCUCAAAUCUCAACCUUGCAUGGAUCUGAGCCCCCUCGUUCAAGCGGCGCCUGACCAGAAGCCUACCAUGGAUAUGUCAGUCGAUAUCCUCAACAACUGGCCAAUUCAUCCAAUGGGUCAGCUCGAUGCGCCCCAAUGGGCAGCCUUGAGACAGAUGCUCACUAAAAGCCUCUCGGUUACUCAAGGCCCUCCCGGCACAGGAAAGACGUUCACAGUCAUGUCGGCAUUGCGAAUCUUGCUCGCAAACAAGCGCCCUGGUGAUCCACCGAUCCUUGUCACUGCUCCAACGAACCAUGCUCUAGACCAGCUGCUUAUGCAGAUUUCCGAGUUCGAGCCAAAUUUCGUCAAACUGGGCUCAGGAAGUGCUCAUCCCAAGAUCUGCACGCGCACCAUCCAGGGGAUGAGGCAGAAAGACUUGGCUCCAUUUAUGAUCAAUGGCUCCAUGCAAGCGGCGGUGAAGGGUCAUCAAAUGGUCGCCGAGAGAAUUACAAGCAUUAUUAAGCCGUUGACAGAGAAAUCGUUGAUGCCUAUCAGUCCGAUCGAUGUCGACACUUUUCGUCACUACGGACUCCUGAAUGAACAUCAAGUUCUUUCGCUUAGCAAGUGCAUUGGCUCGAAUCGCAGAAACUCAGAUCCACUUGCUGUUUGGCUUGGUAAUUCAGUGGAAAGAUUCAUCCAUCCAUCUAGUGGUGAUGAGCAGUGGAUGAUGCGUGAAAUGGUGGAUGAUUUGCAACAGGAAAUCAUGAUCCAGGAAAACGAGUUUACUGGCUGGACGGGCUUCGAUAUCUCACUCGCACCGGAUUUUACCAGGCACAAAAAAGGCCAACGGUCACCCGCUGCUGACAUAGUUAAGUUGUAUUUGGAAAACGACGAUCUUCGGCUCAUCCCGAGCGCACACCGGGGCACCGUCUACAACUAUCUCCGCAAGCAGCUCAUCUCGAUUCUUCAUCGCGAGUUGCUUCAAGUCCGAGCUCCCUACCAAGCCCUUUGCGAGAGCUCUGUGUUAAGCGGGGUUGAGCAAGAUUACCCAAUUCUACGAGACGCGAAUGUGGUGGGAAUUACUACCAUUGGACUGAACAAGUACCGAGGUCUACUUGCCAGUGUCAAGCCUCGAGUCAUCAUUGUCGAUGAAGCGGCCCGGGUCUUAGAAGGCUCGAUCACGACGGCUUGUCUGCCGUCUCUUCAACAGAUGAUCCUUAUCGGUGACUACGUACAAAUGAAGGCCCACUGUUCUGUCCCUUACAUGGCUCGGUAUCCUUGGAAUCUCCAUAUUUCCAUGUUCGAACGCUUUGCCAGAAACGGAAUUGCCCUCUCCAGUCUGGAAGUGCAGCGACGAAUGAUCCCAGACAUCAGAGGGCUUGUGACUCCCCUCUAUGAUGACGCCCUUCGUGAUCACCCCUCCGUGCUGAACAGACCAUUCAUUCCUGGUAUGGGAGAUAUUCGAACCUAUUGGUUCACUCACAACAGAUCUGAAGAACACAAUGAGAUGGCAUCACGCGAGAACGCUUUCGAGGCCCGCAUGCUAAUUCAGUUUUUCUGGCACCUGGUUCAGAACGGCGUUUCGCCUGAUGAUAUCACAAUUUUGACAUUUUACGAGGGCCAAUGCAAUACGUUGAAAAACAUUAUGUACAGUGCUCCUUUCAUCCACUUGGCGAAAGUUCUUACCGUUGAUGCCUACCAAGGGGAAGAAAACCGCAUUAUUCUUCUCUCUUUGGUCAGGAGCAACCUUUUCGACGGCACCGGUUUUGUUUCGCUGGUGAACAGAGCUUGCCUUGCUUUGUCCCGUGCGAAAGAUGGCUUGUUCAUCUUCGGUGACGCCGAGUGCGUCACCAAGGAGAAUGCCCUCUGGAAGGAGGUCGCUGCCACCCUGGCUCGAUCGAACCCUCCACGCAUUGGCUCUGAAUUGCCUCUGUUCUGUGACGCCCACCAGACUCGCACCAUUAUUACCAGUAAGUUGACAAAAUCAUCCCAGAAAACAUUGGAAGCCUGA